AUGGUUCGACGGCGCAAACACUUCACCAUCACUCAAAAACGAGAAGCCAACAAUGAAAGUGCCAGGCGUUACCGUGAAAAACACAAAGAUGAACUAAAAGCACGUCGAGAGGAGAAGGCACGUUUGGAAGAGCUUGAAAGGCACGAAAGGCACGAAAGCGAAAGCAACGAAAACAAGAGCGACGAGAUGACAGGACUGAAAACAAGCACAAACCAUGGCGACAUUUUGGCAGACCUCAAUAAGUCAGCCAUCCAAACAUUUGGCGAAUACACAAAGUUGGUCCCGAACCGACAGCUCUAUGUUGAGCAGCUGUACCUCCACUAUCUCAAGAAUGUGUCAUGCGAGUACAAUAUGAACUUUGAUCAAGCCAACUACUUUGACCAAGAGAAGGAGAAACUCCAGGCUCACAUCGACACCCUCACAACAAUCCUACGCAAAAUUCGCCUCAAAGUAGGGUGGACAAUGGAUGGUACCCAUAGCCAAGUAGAAGAGAUGAAGGAGGAGAUUGCAGAAACGAUUAUUUGGAUAGAUGAUGUUCAUUCUUAUGCGAUGCUGGGUGGAAUGGAACUUCAGUUGGCGUACGAGGAGGGAAACCUCAUCUUCAUCAAAGGUGGUCGGGUUCAAUGA